CAGUUUUCUGUCAUCCGCGGUUUGCAAAUUCUACUUUCAUAUUGCUCAAAAGAAAAACAAUUUAUUUAUGAAAUGGGGGACUUGAACGAUAUAAAAUUGUGUGUGAAGUGGAGUGGCAAAGAGUAUGAAUUACCAGAAUUAUCACCGUCAGAUUCCGUAGCAAUGUUAAAAAUCGCCAUCGAAAACGCUACUGGCGUACGGCCGGAAAGGCAGAAACUCCUCAACGUAAAAUUUCAAGGCAAAGUAGCUGCAGACAAUUAUACUCUAUCAGAAUUGAAUCUCAAACCGAAUUUGAAAAUUAUGAUGAUGGGGUCAUUGGAAGAAGCGAUAGAAGAAGCAAGAACGAAACCAGAAGUUGAUGAUGUUGUUAAUGAUUUGGAUAUAGAAGAGGAGGAGGUUGACAUUGAAAACCAAGAGGUGUACCUAGCAAAAAUCAACAAGAGAGUGAAAGAUUACAAAAUCAAUGUACUGAACACACCGAGGGAAGGAAAGAAAUUGCUAGUACUAGAUAUUGACUACACACUCUUUGAUCACAGAUCUGUAGCUGAAACUGGCUAUGAGCUAAUGCGGCCAUAUCUCCAUGAGUUCCUGACGUCAGCAUACGAGGACUACGACAUAGUGAUCUGGUCGGCCACGGGCAUGAAGUGGAUAGAGGAGAAGAUGCGGCUGCUCGGAGUGUCCACGCACCAGAGCUACAAGAUCAUGUUCUAUCUGGACUAUCUGGCAAUGAUAACUGUGCAUACCACUAAAUAUGGAACUAUUGAUGUCAAGCCACUCGGCGUUAUAUGGGGUAAAUAUCCACAAUACAGUCCAAAAAAUACAAUCAUGUUCGAUGAUAUACGAAGAAAUUUCAUAAUGAACCCGAAGAGCGGUUUGAAAAUCAGGCCGUUCCGACAGGCACAUUUAAACCGAGACCGAGACCGGGAAUUAGUGCAUUUGUCCACUUAUUUACGUGAAAUAGCUCAAUAUUGUGAGGAUUUUGAUACUUUAAAUCAUAAAAAAUGGGAAAAAUACAAACCCGACAAGAGCAAAAUCCAACAGGCAGGAAACAAAAGAAAAGCGGAGGACAGCGCGCCGUCGGCGAAGGAAUGACGUUAAUUUUGGCGGGAGCGCCAUUUUGAUUUGAGAAACUGGUAGAAUAUCUGGAGAUUCGAAUGUAGAAUUUGAAUGAUUGUAAAUAGAAAUGUCUUACCAUGAAACGUGUAAAGCCUUGCACUUAAUCUAAGAAAUAGAGACUGCUUAGAAGUCUAUAAAAUAUGUUAUAAGAGAGGCAAGGGAGGUAUUCUAUAUUUAAAAUAUAUAAAAUAAAUAAAAAUAAUGUCUACCAAUUUCUAUAAUCGCAUCUUUUUAAACGUCACACUUUGGAUAGUAAUAAACACCAUAUUAUGAUAAAUAUAGAGCAUCACUAUCUUUUUCGCACAGAUUUAAAUAUAACAACCAGUAUAUUCUACUAGUAACUUAAAUAGUUUAUUGCGCCUUAAAUGAAGACUGCCAACAAAAGACUAUGUUGUGUUUAAGUCAUAGACAUAAAGACUACAGAGAGAUAUUUAAAAAAAAAGGUUGUAAAUAUAGUUUUGAGCGCAACUGCAACACUGCUCGGUAAAACUACCCUAUGGUUUUACAAUAGCUGCGUUUGGACAAUAACAACCAAUAAUAUUAUAUCUACCAAUUACGGCGCGUCUGGUAACUAAAUCUACGUGACCCCGCACCGCCCCGCAGCCCGCUCAUUCCUCGGCUCUUGGUAGGCCAAAGAUACCUAAAAAGCCAACAUGUGCAUUCCUCCUUCCAUUUUUGCUCAAAGAUCUUAAAGUGGGCGUCAAAAUAAGUGAACGUCAGAUUAGAACUAUUAAUUAAAAAAAUGUCCACGUCUUAAUGUCUUUGAUUUAAGUGCAAUAGUGAAAGUAAUAAUUAGGCUAUUUUAAUUUCAUAACUUCGUAUUUAUGAUAGAUAAUAGUAAUAUUUUUCAAUAAAUUUUUUAAUUUU